CGUGGAUUCGUCCGUCUCAGUCUGUUUUUCCACAGUUUUUGGCUUGUCCUUCCGUUCUUCAUUUCAGAAGCACAACAAAGCAAAAAGGGCAAAGGAACACAUUGAUCAUUACAAAAUGAGCAGCAAGCGACGGUCUGAAGAGUCGAGCGAGACACUGCGCGCGCAGACGGAGCAGGCGGACGUGCCGGCCAAGCGGACGCGCAAGUCGAGCACGAGCAGCGAGAUUGAGCUCAAUGUCACCACGCGGGACACCAAGGCCGAGAGCAAGUCCAAGAGCAAGUCGGCCGCCUCUGCUGCUGCUGCUGCUGCUGCUUCUGCUGCUGCUGAUGAUGAUGACAACGAUCACGAUGAUCAUGGCAAUGGAAACGGCGUCGAGGACAUGGACACCUCCGCCGACGACAGCAGCAAGAAGAAGAAAAAGUCGUCGUCGAGCAAGGACAAGGACAGCAAGUCGUCGAGCAAGGACAAGGACAAGAAGAAGGAAAAGUCAUCCAAGAAGAAGGACGACAACAACGAUGACAACGAUGACAACGACAGCAUUGACGGCGACGCUGCCGCUUCGUCCAAGAAGAAGGCCGUCAACAAGCAGGUCCAGGGCCUCGCGGGCCUCGCGUCCGGCGGUCUCAUGUCUGGCACCCCGUCGCGCGAUCUGUCGCGUGCUGCGUCGCCCACCGACGAGGAGGCAGACAACUCGGAGUUUGCCCUCAAGAACUUUGGCGUGUCGGCGACUUCGAUUGCCAACCUGCACGCCCAGGGCAUCCGCACGCUCUUCCCCAUCCAGGCGCAGACCUACCACCCCAUUUUCGAGGGCAAGGACAUUGUUGCCCAGGCUCGCACCGGCUCCGGCAAGACGCUCUCAUUCGCCCUGCCCGUCAUUGAGCGCCUCCUGAAAAACCCGCGCUCGGAAAAGGGUCGCGCUCCCGCCGUUCUCGUCAUGGCACCCACCCGCGAGCUGGCCAGCCAAGUCCACCGCGUCUUUGAGUCGGUUGCCCCGCAGCUUGCAUCCAUCUGUGUCUACGGUGGUGUCGAGUACGGACCUCAAGAACUCGCCAUGCGCAAGGGACUGGACGUCGUCGUCGGCACCCCUGGUCGCUUGAUUGACCACUACAACCGCGGAAACCUGUCCCUCCGAAGCAUCGAUGUCAUGAUUCUCGACGAGGCAGACCGCAUGCUCGAGGUCGGCUUCCAGGAAAACGUUGACGAGAUUAUGGCUGGAUUGCCCAUCGGCGACGCCAAGCCUCGCAUCCUGCUCUUCUCGGCCACCAUGCCCACCUGGGUCAAGGCGCUCACCAAAAAGUACCAACGCGAGGACAAGGUCAUGGUCGAUCUCGUGAGCGGCACCGAUCAGCAGACAUCCACGACCAUCCAGCACUUGGCCAUUCGCUGCCCAUGGCAAGAGCGCGCCAACGCGAUCGGCGACGUUGUUCGCGUCUACAGUGGCUCCCAUGGCCGAUGCAUGGUGUUUGCCUCAACCAAGGAGGAGGCCAACGAUCUUGCACUGAACGGCCGCAUUGCCGGCGAGACCCAUGUUCUUCACGGCGAUAUUGCCCAAAAGCAGCGUGAAAUCACUCUGGCUGGCUUCCGCUCUGGCAAGUUCCGCUGCCUCGUCGCAACAGACGUGGCUGCCCGUGGUCUUGACAUUCCCGAGGUUGAGCUGGUCAUCCAAACCGAGCCCCCGAUCGACGUGGAGACGUACAUUCACCGCGCUGGCCGCACCGGUCGCGCUGGCAAGAGCGGCACCUGCAUCUUGUUCUACAAGCCACAGCAAGAGAGCCUUGUGCGACGAAUCGAGGGCAAGGCCCGGAUGGCCUUCAAGCGCAUCGGUCCUCCUCAGCCGCAAGACAUUGUCAGCGCCAGUGCCAACGACGCUGCACGCUCGCUGGCCAAGGUGUCUCCGGCCGUCUACCCUCUCUUCCACCAGGCUGCUGAGGAAGUUAUUGCACGCGCCGGCGCCGUCGAUGCGCUCUCGGCCGCCCUUGCCGUCAUUUCCGGCGUCUUUGAAAUCAAGACGCGCUCGCUCCUGUCUUCGAUGGAGGGCUAUGUUACCUUCUGCAUCCAGCUGACAUACGAUGUUCGCGGACCGUCCUUCUUCUGGUCCAUUAUCGACCGGCACCUGCCCCCGAACGUGCGCCCUGCCCUCCGCGGCAUGCGUCUGUUCAAGGACCACACUGGCGCGGCCUUUGACUGCCCCAGCGAUGUUGUCGACACCAUCAAGGAGCACUGGGUUGACCAGCCCACCACCAAGAUCUACGUUGCAACCACGCUGCCCGAUCUCGUCGAGACGGACGGCGGCGGUAACGCGAGCAGCUUUGCGGGUCGUGGCAACGCUGGCGCUGCUGCACGCUUCAGCCAAGGCAGCGGCUGGGGCCGUGGCGGCGGCGGCGGUGGCUCUGGUGGCCGCGGUGGCUCUGGCGGCCGCGGUGGAUAUUCGCGCGGUGGCGGCGGUAACGGAGGCGGUAACGGAGGCGGCUUCAACCGCGGUUUCCAACGUCGUUAAGAUCUGGUUGUAACGUUGUUUGGUUGGUGUUGUGUUAUGAUCCCUUUCUUCAUCUCUUUGUUUUCUCUUCAUCUUGAUCUUAAAAAGUACCAAUACAAGGAAUUCAAUGGUA